AUGCCUCCAACUCCCCGUAUGCAAACUACUCCUGUUUCGAGGCCCAUACCUGACCUUAGCGCAGAGACCCAUCAAGAGCGUGUCAUUGGCUCCCUCAAGUCUGUGAUCCACAACCCUCGAGACUCCGAGGAAGCAAAGAAUAGCGCUCGCGACAGGCUCCGACAGAUGGGCGUUGAUCCGGACCACAUUCCCUCUUCCUCCAGUCAUCGCCCGAGUCAGGCUGAGACUCUUCGAAAGCAAGAGGAGGGGAGGAAGAGCCAAAUCCACCAAGACCGUGUUGAGGGGGGAUAUAAGGCUACUCUCAAAAAUCCUAACGUGAGCGAAGCGGCCAAGCAGCAUGCCAGAGAUUAUUUGAAGAAACAUGGCGCUUUGUAG